UUUAUCUUUAACUGGUAGCAAUACCAGCAUCAAACCCAAAAAAACUGCCUAAAAAUGUUUUCAACGUUCUUAAUACUCACUUCAUCACUAUCCACCUCCGCGCUCUCAAAAGUCUCCCAAAAGACGGCAGCGUCCCCUAGUGGUAAAACCGGCGCCACGCACCAACUGGAAGCGGCCGUUUCCAUGGAAACCAGGUGACCCCAAACUUUCUCUUCCAUCCGUUUGACGGUAUUAACAAUGAGUAAAGAUUAUUGUAAAUAUGACAUGGCGCGCCUGCGAACUCAACUGGAGCAAGAACGAGAAAUCAAAGACAUGCUGGAUGAGUCUGUACGGGACCUGCGGUGCACCAUGAAGGAACUUCAGGACAGACUUCUGGACUUCGACGGGGAAGACAACGAGUGGAAGACCAGAUACGAAACCCAGACCGAGCUCAACGUACAGCUACAAAGGCAGCUCGCUCUUAUCCACGAGAGGCUGGAAGCCCUUCGUGGGAACCCAGUGGAUCGACUGGCUUCUAUCCGAUCCUUCGAUGACAUGCCACCCGAGUCAUUGCGACAUCGCCUCAAGCUGCUCACUGACGAGAAGUCCGGCCUACAGAGUCAACUGGCCGACUGUCGCGUCGGCAUCGAACUAGAGGCAAAGGCGUUCCACAAAACCAACGACGAGAGGCGAGCCUACCUCUCGGAGAUCGCCAAGUUGUCGUCAACCGCGGACGCCCAGAGGAAGCAGUACUCAGUCCAGCCACAGAGGGCCACAGAGAGCAAACUGAGAGCGAAGCAGCCGAGCAGAAAGUCUGAGGCCGACGCCAAGAAGGGAAAAGCCAGAGAGAGUGAUGCCGGAGGAGGAGGAGGAGGAGGAGGAGGAAGAGGAGGAUGUGUGAAAGGUGGAGGAGGUGGAAAAGGAGAGCUGAAAAAAGCUCACCUUGGAAGCAGGUUGCCCACCCUCAAGCAUCACGUGAAACACUGACUCACGUCAACAUGUCUUCUUUUUGUGGAACUCUCACACUUUCACAAAAAAAAAAAAAAAAAAAAAUCCUUCUUUCUACCGCACGCGUGUUCCGCAUCCAGCGCACAAGCGGACACCCACGUGUGUAAACGCACACGUCGGCGUAAGACACUACUGGACUAAAAUGUUGUCCAAAAUGAGUAUUUGUCUUCUCUUUGUGGACACUAACAACUCCAGUGGUGACUUGGGACACCAAACAGGUAUUUCCACGUAUGUGUUAUUUCAGCGCCGUUUAGAUGCUAGUUAGGUUAGCGCAUCUAUGGCGUUUUGCAUUAUUUUGUACUCGACGGCGCUCGUAUCUCGAAAAACUCCCAAGUCGGGUCACUCGUGUCUCUUACCGUUUAGUCAAUACAGUGAAUCCCGCACAUUCACAGUUUGGCAUUCGCUGAUUUUUCUUUUUUUUUUUUUAUAUAUACGUGCAGUAUUUUCUAUCCAUUUUAUGCUUGCUGUUUUGUUUUGGUGUUGACCUAUGUUUACAAUGUUUCAAAAGUCUGUUUAAAUGUGUUUAAAACGUGUGAGAGGGGUAAAACUACUUUAAAAAAUGAUAUUUGUGUAAAUGGCCUCUUGAUACAAGAUUGCAGAUUUUCAUCUAUUCAUAUACCCCACGACAAAUGGGGCUUCACUGUAUUCGCUGUUGAUGUCGUGCUUGCUGGUCGGUCAGGAUACUUGCGAUCCCGGCCCUUGUUAUGGGGGUGUUUCUAAUCAUUUGACUGCCUGCCUAUAUCCAAAUGCCCAAAUGUGAGACACAACCCUGCAAACUACAAGCACAAUAAUAAACAUAUUGUUAAAUGAAUACCUUUUUGUGCAGAUCGCCACAGACGUGCGCUUCGCUCGUCGACCGCCACUUGCUCUGUCCAACCAAUCAGAAGACGGAAAAUUGCCGACGUCAUUACGGGCCAGCUAGCUAACAGUCUACAAUGUCUUUUGUCUACCGCUAGAUGUCGCCACAGAGACACCGAAGAUGACACUAUCCGAUAUAUCGGCUUGGUUCAUGUUUACGUAUACGGUAUGAUAUCAUAUUUGUAUGAAUAAAUGAGAGGUAUGUAAUGAACUUUUGUCUGAAGAGACCAGCCAUAAGGAAAACAACAUUUUAGCAAAACUGUCUUCAAACCAUCUAAGGGUAAAAUUGACUAACUUUACGAAAGCCUAAAGAAUAGUAUAGUUUAUAGGACACAUCAUCUAGUGAACCAUUAAAAUGAUCAUUUUCUCUUUUGAA